GCAUGAAUCCGAGGUAAGUUAUUCUUGUCCAAGGGCUGUGUGCAACAGAUCGAGUGAGGUGUGUAGCGCGGAGUGAUCGAUCGAAGCACGGGUGGGAGGCACACAUGCUGAGCAGACCGCCAACACAAGCAUGGCCCUGCGAUUCCCCUACACAUUCAUCUCAUGCCCCUGUUCAGAUGCCUCCAACCGAGUCUUGACCUCCAACCGAACGUCACGCGAAGUCGAUUACGAUCAAGAGGUCCAGGAUACUGAAGACACCUUUGACCCUCGUCAUCCUCGUUCGGCAUUUUCCUUGUUCCCUCCAGAACACCUGUUGUAUUGCGAGGAAUGCCAUGAAAUCAAGUGUCCGCGAUGCGUGACCGAGGAAAUCGCCUCUCCUUACUGUCCAGAUUGCCUGUUCGAGACGAGCAAGAGCACCAUGCGAUCAGACGGCGGAAGAUGCCCGCGCAACUGCUUCCGUUGUCCAAUCUGUACAUCUCAGAUGAUCACUGCUUCCGUGGGCGAGACAAGGGAUGGGCCCUUCAUUCUGAGUUGCAAUUACUGUAUGUGGAACACUCUUGACAUCGGCAUCAAGUUCGGCAAAGGCACUGGCAUUCGUGCUCAGCUUGAUGACCUCCUUAACGGUGCUAGCGCCAAGGGCCACAACAAAACCCGGAUAGAUGACCAGGCCAGAUCAUCAUCCUUAUUCCAACCUCCCAUCACAUCAACCGAUUCAGACCAAUCAGACUCGGAGAAGAAAGUGGAUUUUGAUCGCCGACGCGAGUCUGCAGCACGCUUUGAGUCGAUGACCAAGUUCUACAAGAAACAAAUCAGCGAAUCGACAGGUGCAGAUGCUACGUUUUCCAAUGCUGCCAUCAACAUGGCAUAUUCCUCACCGUCGUCCAUUGACCGCAUCAUGGCAAUUUACAACACCAAACUCGAUACCAAAAAAAGAUCGGAACAGCAUGUAACCACAAUGCGCGAAGCCAACAGUCCACAUGAAGGGUUCAAAGAAUCCGACACUCGGUCGACUUCCCUAUUUCCAUAUCAUUACUCGGCCACCACCACUCGAUCUCAGCGAGACCAUCAAAAUCCAUCCAACUUGGGCAAUCCAGGUGCGGCAGUCGAAUCCCACCUUGUGCCCAUGUCCACUCCCUUCCGCACUAAGCGUCUCAAGCGCUGCAUGAACUGCAAGCAUAUGCUCACCCGACCCGAGCUCAAGGUUACCUCCGCCCGGUAUCGAGUAAAGUUGAUCGCGCUAGACUAUAUCCCAUUUGUCACUAUUAAGCCGCUCCCUGUGCUGGGAGGUCUCUCAGCACCUGGACCUGACGGUGCAGAUAUUGCUCUGCAAUCCGGCAAAGCAGUUCAGUUUAUCAUGACACUACGAAAUCCACUUUUUGAAGACGUCAAAGUGUCACUCGGGAGCCCCAGUGUCACUCCGGGCAAACUCGGCCAUCGUGUCACCAUUCUCUGCCCACAAUUCGAGAUUGGCAAGAACAGCGACGCCUGGGACGACGCAAUCAACCGCAACGCGUCUUCGACAGCCAAUCGCGCCGGUGAGCAGAUUGCCGGCAAAUUGUACGAUCAAGGGCGCAACUGGGCGAGUGUGGUGGUGGAAGUCAUUCCAGCAAGGCUUGUGACGGGGCCCGGAGGCGAUGUGGGCGAGGACGAGGAUGUCAUUGAAAUUCCUAUCCGAGUGAGGUUAGAAUGGCAGGUGACGGAAGAUCAAGAACCGGAGGACGAACGCAGGCGGAAGGAGAGAGACAAGGGUUUGGACCAAGGAGACGACAUGCGGGAUUCUGGAAAGAGGGAAUUGAGUUACUGGAUGGUGGCUGGGGUCGGCCGAGUGGAUUUUUGAUGCAUUCUGAUGAAGAGACCAUGUCUAUUCUAGUUUGUCGUUCUGCCGCAUGAUACCCUAUUGUCGAGGAAAAGACUCGCAGUUCUCUUUGCUCCUCACGAAAUCGAUACACAAGAACUUUGGCAAAGCUGCGACAGUCAUGACCUGCACAAGACUGUCCAUAUGUUUGUGGUUGGGAGAGCAAGGAGUUGGCGGUGUCGCAUCCUGCUCGGGCCUGGACGUAAAUGACAUGUUGUUCAUACCGUCCUCCGGUCAGACAGAACCCUG